AUGAAGGUCUUUUCCUCGACCUGCAGCUUUGACUACUCAUGGGAGGAAGUGUCCACGGCCAACUGGCGUAAAUAUUGCCCGUGGAAUGACAAAGUUACCCAUGUUGUCGGCGUAGACACACUCUCACGUGUUAUCGACUCUAAGACUGGUAUCCUACGAACUGAACGUCUCAUCACUUGCAAUCAGGCCGUACCGCAAUGGCUUUUAUCCUUGUUCGGCGGUAGCACCACCUCGCACGUUUACGAAGUUUCCUACGUCGACCCUGAUACCAAGAAAGUUACCAUGUGCUCUACAAACCUCACCUGGUCAAACGUCCUCAGUGUCCGCGAGACUGUUACAUACCAGCCCUCCUUAAAUAAUUCGUCCGCCACCGACUUUACCCAAGAGGCCCAGAUCACUGCUCUCUGCGGUGGAUGGCAAAAGAUCAAGAACAAGGUCGAGGAGGCCAGCGUGGAGCGAUUCCGUGAGAACGCCAAGCGUGGCCGAGAGGGGUUUGAGACCGUUCUCGAGAUGAGUCGCCGAGUCUUUGGCGAACAGCGCGAUCUCGAGCAACAGCGAAUCCACGUUUAA